AUGGUCUCUGCUGAGUGGAAAAACAGUGAAUGGAGAAAUGAGCAAGACCAUGGCUUUGCAUAUGAUUGCCUGACAAAUAGGGUUUGGUGGGAUAAGAUGGAAUCGGUGCUUAAUGCUGUUGGACCCAUCUUCUUUGUUCUUCACUUUGCUGACCGGCAAAAGAAUGCUACUCUAUCCGGCUUACUUCCAAAGAUGAUACAGGCAUAUAAUGAUAUAUGUGCUAAGUUGAGAAAAGGUGAACAGGGAAAAAGAGAUCUCCUUAACAAAACAGCCGAAGUAAUCAGUAAGAGAACACGAUAUCUUCUUAAUGAGACACUUGUGCUUGCAGCUGCUGCACUUGACCCUGGAGAGCUAUACAGAUCAAACCAUGCAAAAAAAUCAUGUUGUCAAUUGGCUGUAACUUUGGCAAUAAAGAAACUGGCUACUUCAACUUCAGAGGCUGCUGCUGCAAUUGACCAAUAUUCUUGUUUCAUUGAAAAGAAGGGUCUAUUUGGAGAUCCAGAAGCUCGUUGGUCAGCACUUCAUGGCAAAAGCAGUCCAGUUGAGUGGUGGGGUUCAUAUGAAGGGCAAUGCCCUGCAUUGCAAAAGAUUGCAAGACGCAUUGUCUCACAAUGCGUAUCAUCUAGUGGAUGUGAAAGAAAUUGGAGCACCUUUGCUCUUGUUCACACAAAAUUAAGAAAUAAAUUAGGCUUUGACAAGCUGCACAAGUUGGUGAAAGUGCAUUAUAACUUGAAGCUACAGAUCCAACAAUUCGAAGCUGACUUUCAAAGCCUUCAAGAAAAAGAUGUUGAUCCAUGUGCUAUGAUGAUGGAUGUUGCCCUUUAUGAUGAACAAAACCCAAUCAUGGAUUGGCUAAAUAAUUCAAUGAGCGAUUCCACACGAAUUCUCGAUGAAUACAAUGAUGAUGAUCUUGAUUGGAACACACCUAGCAGCUUUGUCAUUGAAAGUCUGGAAAUGGACAUAGAAGAGGUGGCUGCAUUCAAGAGGAAGCUUUGCUUGGGAAAAUAUGGCAGAAAAAAGAAACAGAGAAAGCAAUGGGAUGAAGAAGAAGAAGUUAUAGAGGACUAUGCAUCUGAUUCUUCUCAUGAACAAGGCAGCCCAAUUUAUGCUGAGUCAGGUGAUAGUAGUUCCAAUGAAGGUGAUGGUGAUAAUGAUGGUGGUGAAGGAAGUGGUGGUACUAGAGCUCAUGUAGGUGUAUCAAAUGGUUUUAGCUCAGGUGACUAA